AUGAGCUGGUUUGGCGACGACAGUGACCAGGCUCAGUCGUACAAGGAAUACCAUUUAUAUGCUGACAGCAACGAACACAAGGGUAAAAUAAGCCAUGAGCUGAUUGCGGCUGCCGCCUCCUACGAGGCUGCUAAGGUCUAUGAGGGGCAGGCCGCUGAACAUGGUCCGCCUGAGAGCCAUGAGAAGGCCAAGGAGGUUCUUGCUGCAUUGGCUGGCUCUAUCAUUGACCGUGAAGUUGAGAUCAGGGGUCUUGAUUUCAUUGACCGGGAGCGGGCCAAGACACAUGCUGAGCGUCAACUGACCGAAGCUUACUCUCAGAAUUACUAG